AUGCCAGGCACAAAACGGUUUCAACAUGGUAUUGAGACCCCGGAGCCUGGCAAGUGGGAGGGGAGACCCCUUCUUCAUUUGUCUGGGUACGAGGCAGCUUUGCCAGUCACAGAGAAGUCAAACCCACUGACCCAGGACCUAGACAAAGCAGAUGCUGAGGAAAUUGUUCGACUGCUGGGACAAUGUGAUGCUGAGAUCUUCCAGGAGGAGGGGCAAGCCCUGCCCACAUACCAGAGACUCUGCAGCAAAUCCAUUCUGACCACCAUGGUACAGGUGGCUGGGAAAGUUCAGGAAGUGCUGAAGGAGCCGGAUAGGGGGCUGAUGGUGCUGAGUGGAGGGGGUACCUCUGGCCGGAUGGCAUUCCUCAUGUCGGUGUCCUUUAAUUAG